AUGGUGCGCUGGAGUGACCUGCGGCAUGCGGCUGAGCGAGCGGAGUGCGAGGUGGACCUGGAGGACCUGCCUCCACUGGUUUCGCAUGAACCGGUGCUGAUGGAGGAUUCUUGGCUUCCCCCGGAAGCUGAGGACGACACCAAGGAGGUGCCAUUGCCACUGAUCUCCAAGCCUGAAAGGCAAGAGCCCUGCAGCCCUCCAGCUUCAGAGGAGGAAGAUGAAGAUGAUGAAGAAACGGAGGAAUUUCAAGAAGCGGACGAGGACGAAGAUGAGCAGGAGCCCUUUGAGCAAGAGCUGCCGGAGGACCGCAGCUUGCCGCAGCCGGAGGGCAUGCCGGAUGGACCGUGGCGAGUUGGAGAACUUGAGUUUUUCAGCGCCUUCGAUUCGGGCAACCUGGCGGGCGCUCAGUUCGCGCGGCCCCUUCCGGCAUCAGAAGCGGUGUCCAAGAAGGACCUGCGGUCAGCCGAUGUGCAGUGGGCAGCAGAAGUGGAUGGCAAGAUUCUUUACCAAAUGCUGCACAACUGCAGCGUUCGAAAAGAACCUCAUCCAAAAGCCAAGCUUCUCACAAAGAAGUCAGCUGGCGCUCGCUUGUAUGCAAGCUGUCGAGUGACGCUAGGAGGUUGGCAAAAGCUUGUGGAUGAGGAGGGAUGGGCCCAGCUGGGCGCCACGGCCGAGACUGAGGGAGAGCCGGAGCUCAAACGUUUUGCGCCAAGCGAAACAACGACUGAAAGUACGACGGAUGAUGCCAAGACGGGUGGCUAUGCCACCACAUCAGCAACACCAGAUGCACCCGCACUGGACGUCCAAAGUGGCGUGCUGUGCUUUGAAGUCACUGCAAGGGCUGACUGUGCAGGGACACCUUUUGCCAGCGAGGAGUGUCAGUGGUUUCACUUCGGCCUCCGCACCGCGGAACAUGUGGACGUCGCCGCGCUCCGCGCGCCGCAGCAGCUGCGCUUCCACGUCCUGGGCCUCUCGCGCUUCAGGCGGCUACAGACCACGCGCUUGGUCACUGGGCAGUUGUUGACAGAUGGCUUGCAACCUGUGUUUCGACAUAGCGGUGACAACGACUGGCAGCUGGUGAAGGGAGAGAUUGGCAUGCUGCGCAUGCCAGAUGGCAUGAUCGCCUUCACCUUUGAGCAUUCCAUGUCGCGGAACCUUGAGAAGGACCAGGAGCUAUACUUUGCCCUGACCUUUCCGUAUCCACUAGGUCGCAUCUACAGUCACCUCCAAAGUCUAGUUCCGCGCUUGGUGCAGAACGGUGUCUAUGUGAAUCGGGAAGAGCUCACCAAAUCACUGGGAGGUCAUCCCAUUGAAUUGCUGAGCCUCACCCAGCGUUCCAAUCGCUCGGCUCAGCGGCUCCCAAAGCCGGAGCUGCCAAUGGAGGAAGAGGCGCGGCCUUGGAUUUUUCCGGGCCGCCGGCCCAUCUUCAUCAGUGCACGCGUCCAUCCGGGGGAGACCCCGGCCAGCUACAUGCUUGAAGGUCUCUUGGAAUUUCUUGCCUCUGACUGCGCCGCAGCCAAAGAGAUGCUGCGCCGCUACGUUUUUUUCGUGGUGCCCGUGCUGAACCCUGACGGAGUGGCCUCCGGUCAUCACCGUUUGGACCUUCGAGGAGAGAACUUGAACCGUGUCUAUGGGAAGGCGACCUUGGAACAUCAUCCAGCCAUUUUCGCUGCCCAAGCAGCCUGCUUAAAUGCGCACCAGCAUCAGGGUGGCAUCCGUUUGUAUUUGGAUCUCCAUGCGCAUAGCAAUCGCCGGGGCGGCUUUUUGCUGGGCGACAGUGGGACGUCCUCUGAAGCACGGCUCUAUGGGUGGGCCUUGGGCAGGCAGUGCGGAAUCUUCGAGUAUUCGCAGAGUGACUUCAGUGAGUCGAAACGUGGCACUGGAAAGUCCUUCAUGGCUACAGCGUCAUCACAGUCCUUCUCCUUUCGGGCCGAUGGCAUGGCGCCAGAUGGGUGCGAGCUGUUCCGAAGCUGA